CACCCAACUUCCAUUAAGGACUCGGGCGGGAGGGGCAGAAGUUGCGCGCGGGCCGGCGGGCAGCAACGGAACACCGAGGCCAGCGUGCGGGCGUGCGGGCGUGCGUGCGGGCGUGCGGGCGUGCGGGAGCCGGGCGCCGGGCUUCGAACCGAGAGCGAGGGGCGCGGCAUGGAGCGCCGGGCAGCCGGCGCCUGGCUCGCCCUGCUGUGGGGCUGCGCGCUGGCCGCGGCCGCGGCGGCUCAGGGCAAGGAAGUUGUACUGUUGGACUUCGCUGCAGCUAAGGGGGAGCUCGGCUGGCUCACAAACCCGUAUGGCAGAGGGUGGGACCUGAUGCAGAACAUCAUGAACGACAUGCCCAUCUACAUGUACACCGUGUGCAACGUGGUGUCUGGCGACCAGGACAACUGGCUCCGCACCAACUGGGUGUACCGCGGCGAGGCCGAGCGCAUCUUCAUCGAGCUCAAGUUCACCGUGCGCGACUGCAACAGCUUCCCCGGCGGUGCCAGCUCCUGCAAGGAGACCUUCAACCUCUACUACGCCGAGUCGGACGUGGACUACGGCACCAACUUCCAGAAGCGCCAGUUCACCAAGAUCGACACCAUCGCGCCGGACGAGAUCACCGUGAGCGGUGACUUCGAGGCGCGCCACGUGAAGCUGAACGUGGAGGAGCGCUCCGUGGGGCCGCUCACCCGCAAGGGCUUCUACCUGGCCUUCCAGGACAUCGGCGCCUGCGUGGCGCUGCUCUCCGUCCGCGUCUACUACAAGAAGUGCCCCGAGCUGCUGCAGGGGCUGGCCCACUUCCCGGAGACCAUCGCCGGCUCGGACGCGCCCUCCCUGGCCACCGUGGCUGGCACCUGCGUGGACCAUGCCGUGGUGCCCCCCGGGGGGGAGGAGCCCCGCAUGCACUGUGCGGUGGACGGCGAGUGGCUGGUGCCCAUCGGGCAGUGCCUGUGCCAGGCGGGCUACGAGAAGGUGGAGGACGCCUGCCAGGCCUGCUCGCCUGGGUUCUUUAAGUUCGAGGCGUCUGAGAGCCCCUGCCUGGAGUGCCCCGCCCACACGCUGCCAUCCCCCGAGGGUGCCACCUCCUGCGAGUGUGAGGAAGGCCACUUCCGGGCACCUCAGGACCUGCUGUCCAUGCCCUGCACGCGCCCUCCCUCUGCCCCGCACUACCUCACGGCCGUGGGCAUGGGCGCCAAAGUGGAGCUACGCUGGAAACCCCCCGAGGACGAUGGGGGCCGCGAAGACAUCAUCUACAGCGUCACCUGCGAACAGUGCUGGCCUGAGUCGGGGGAGUGCGGGCCCUGUGAGGCCAGCAUGCGCUACUCCGAGCCACCCCACGCCCUGACCCGCACCAGCGUGACCGUCAGCGACCUGGAGCCGCACAUGAACUACACCUUCACCGUUGAGGCCCGCAACGGCGUCUCGGGCCUGGUGACGAGCCGCAGCUUCCGCUCCGCCAGCGUCAGCAUCAACCAGACAGAGCCCCCCAAGGUGAGGCUGGAGGACCGCAGCACCACCUCGCUGAGCAUCGCCUGGAGCAUCCCGCCCCUGCAGCAGAGCCGCGUGUGGAAGUACGAGGUCACCUACCGCAAGAAGGGGGACUCCAACAGCUACAACGUGCGCCGCACUGAGGGCUUCUCCGUGACCCUGGAUGACCUGGCUCCGGACACCACUUACCUGGUGCAGGUCCAGGCGCUGACACAGGAGGGCCAGGGGGCCGGCAGCAAGGUGCACGAGUUCCAGACGCUGUCCCAGGAAGGAUCUGGCAACGUGGCGGUGAUCGGCGGGGUGGCCGCCUGUGUCGUCUUGCUUCUGGUGCUGGCUGGAAUCGGCGCCUUCCUCCACCGCAGGAGGAAGAAGCUACGAGCCCGCCAGUCCUCAGAGGACGUUUACUUCUCCAAGUCAGGUAAGACACAGCACCUGCUCCCUGCAGGCCCUGCUCCCCCAGGGGCAACCCCUCACAGGGGCCCCUUCUUGGUUUUCCCCCGGGGUUCCUUCGUUCUUUUUUCCUUGGGCGGAGGUUGUUGGGGGCGGUUGGGGUUGGGGCCCUUGUUGGGGGGGGCGGUUGUUGGGCCGACCGGUUGGGGUUGCGGGGGCCGGGGUUGCUUGGGUUCCCCUCCCCGACUUGGCCUGCCCGCAGGAGAGUUCGGAGAGGUGUACAAGGGUACGCUGAAGACGUCCUCGGGGAAGAAGGACAUCCCCGUGGCCAUCAAGACGCUGAAAGCCGGCUACACGGAGAAGCAGCGGGUGGACUUCCUCAGCGAGGCGAGCAUCAUGGGACAGUUCAGCCACCACAACAUCAUCCGCCUGGAGGGUGUCGUCUCCAAAUACAAGCCCAUGAUGAUCAUCACGGAAUACAUGGAGAACGGGGCCCUGGACAAGUUCCUUCGGGAGAAGGACGGCGAGUUCAGCGUGCUGCAGCUGGUGGGCAUGCUGCGGGGCAUCGCGGCCGGCAUGAAGUACCUGGCCAACAUGAACUACGUGCACCGCGACCUGGCCGCCCGCAACAUCCUCGUCAACAGCAACCUGGUCUGCAAGGUGUCUGACUUCGGCCUGUCCCGUGUACUGGAGGACGACCCUGAGGCCACCUACACCACCAGCGGCGGCAAGAUCCCGAUCCGCUGGACAGCCCCGGAGGCCAUUUCCUACCGCAAGUUCACCUCGGCCAGCGACGUGUGGAGCUACGGCAUUGUCAUGUGGGAGGUGAUGACGUACGGCGAGCGGCCCUACUGGGAGCUGUCGAACCACGAGGUGAUGAAAGCCAUCAACGAGGGCUUCCGGCUCCCCACGCCCAUGGACUGCCCCUCCGCCAUCUACCAGCUCAUGAUGCAGUGCUGGCAGCAGGAGCGCGCCCGCCGCCCCAAGUUCGCCGACAUCGUCAGCAUCCUGGACAAGCUCAUCCGCGCCCCCGAAUCCCUCAAGACCCUGGCGGACUUCGACCCUCGGGUGUCCAUCCGGCUGCCCAGCACCAGCGGCUCGGAGGGGGUGCCCUUCCGCACGGUGUCCGAGUGGCUGGAGUCCAUCAAGAUGCAGCAGUACACGGAGCACUUCAUGGCGGCCGGCUACACGGCCAUCGAGAAGGUGGUGCAGAUGACCAACGACGACAUCAAGAGGAUCGGGGUGCGCCUGCCCGGCCACCAGAAGCGCAUCGCCUACAGCCUGCUGGGGCUCAGGGACCAGGUGAACACCGUGGGCAUCCCCAUCUGAGCCGCGGCCGGCCUCGCGCCCCCGCCGAGAUUACUUGAAGAAACAGAGUGGCCUUCCUGCCAGCGCCGCACCGGGCCACCAGGGACCUUAUUUAUUUCCAGUUGAUCCUCUUGACGCCCCCUGAGGCCCCUGCCGGGGGGUCUGGGACCACAGCCUGGACCGGACUGAGCAGACGCCCAGGGAGCCUGGGCUGGUGCCCUCUGCCCCCACGAAGGACGGCGGCGAGCCCUGAGCGGGCACCGCCACGCUUCCGGCCACUUGGGCAGGAGCCCUCCCGCUGGGGCCUUGGGCCAGACACGCAGGACUUUUCCAAACUGACCUCCCUCCGCCUUCCCCCGCAAGAGGCCGUCCCGGGAGAACGGGCUUGGCCCAGGGCCCAGCACGGGGUACCUCACGCCCCGGCCCUCACUGUAAGAGGGCGACUUUGAACUUGACUGGGUGAGACCCACAGGGGUCCUCGUCCCUCCAGUGCCUUCCUCAGACCCCCAGGCCCUGUCCUCAGCCUGAACUGGCCGAACGGUUGCUUUCCCGGGGCCCUCGAAGGACGCUUGCUUGUGUUGAGGUGUUUUUUUAAUAUAUAUUUUAUACUUUGUGGAGAGAAUGUGUGUGUGGCGGGGGCCCCGCCAGGGCUGGGGGCAGAGGACGGCCUGCGUCAGACAUUCCUAGGCUGGGGGGGGGCCUGGGGGGCCGGUGCUUUGGGGGGCCCCUGCCCGUUCCCCAGGCCGCCCCACUUCUCUGCCCUGUAGACAACAUUUGACAUCCAUCAGUGUUAAUGAUUUUGUUUCGUGGGGUAUUUUUUUUUCGAACCUUAAUUUAUUAUUAUUUUUUUUUAUAUUUAUUGUUAGAAAAUGACUUAUUUCUGCUCUUGAAUAAAGUUGCAGAUGGU